UUGUCUUUUUCUCUUUUCUCGGCCCGUGGUCUGCAAUCCAGUGAGAAGUGCGAGCGGGAAUGGAGAGUUGCGGAGGCCUGAAAACUCUAAGCGCCAUAACGUCAUCACCGUUGCAUCUUCAGUCAAGAGCUCGUCUCUUUCGACCUCUCAACCUCAUUAAUCUUAGGAGACACCGCUCUCUCUCUAUCACCUCGUCUUCCUCCCACCUCCUCCCUCGCGAUGUAGGUGAAGCAGGGAAGGGGAUAUUGUUGCCGCGAGGAACGGGAGAGGGAGUUCGGGAAGUUGCGAGGAAUAAGCUGCUUCAAGUAGUUCUGGUUUCUCCCCAGAUUCCUGGAAACACAGGCUGCAUCGCAAGAACAUGUGCAGCGUCAGCUGUUGGUCUUCAUUUAGUUGGGCCUUUAGGCUUUAAAGUGGAUGACUCCAAGCUAAAGCGAGCUGGUUUGGAUUAUUGGCCUUAUGUUGUUGUGAAAGUACACAGCUCAUGGGCGGAGUUCCGAGAGUAUUUCAAGCAACAGGAGGGAGAAAAAAGGUUGCUGGCUUUCACAAAAAGAGGAACCAAAAUUCAUUCUGAAUUGUCUUACAGAAGAGGUGAUUACCUCCUCUUUGGCUCAGAGACAAGUGGGUUACCACCUGAUGUACUGUCAGAUUGCAAAAGUGAAACAUAUGGUGGGGGAACUAUACGUAUUCCUAUGGUGGAGACGUAUGUGAGAUGUCUGAAUCUCUCAGUAAGUGUAGGCAUUGCUUUGUAUGAAGCUUCUAGACAACUUAAUUAUGAGCAGCUCGACUCUGCCCCCGAGACCUGCGUGGAUUGCGAAGAACCGUUGAUCACCGAGGAUAUAUUUGCAUGAUUUGUGAUUUACUGUGCAACAAAAUGAUGACGCAGAAGCAUGGCUGUAUGGAGAGGAAAUGUCAACCAAUUUUGGAAGGAGGCGCGUUUUGCAUGUGUUAGGGUUGAUGGUAAAUGGUCAGGACUGAUGCCUGAGGUACAUUCGUUUUGGUCCAAUAACUUCAACAGAGGAUUCAUGCAAAGCAGAGAUGAAUUGUUAAUGGGAGGAAAGGAGGGACUCAGUUGUAUUGAGCCUGUCCAAAUUCAAAUUCUGAACUGCUGAGAUUAAAUGCUGUAAGCUUGGAAUUGCUUUUCUUCACUGGGAAAAUUUCACAAAAGCCCACCUUUUUAUUU